AUGAAGCAGAGCGGCGAGCUCACUUUUGUGAAGAACAACUACAUGAAGCCUGACCCCAACGCGCCGCCCAAGCGCGGCCGUGGCCGUCCUCCCAAGCCGAAGGUCCCGGGGGCUGAAGAAGCUGCUGCUGUGGUUUCCUCGCCUCCGAGGCCACGUGGCAGGCCUCCCAAGGCUCUGAUUGUCCAGAGCUCGACCUCGGGAGGAGGGUCAGGCAGGCCACGUGGUCGUCCUCCGAAGAAGGCCAAGACUGCUCCGGCUAACGCUCCUGCUGCUCGGACGAGUGGUGGUGGUAGUGGUGCUCCUAGAGGGAGAGGUAGGCCACCGAAAGUGAAGCCCUCCGUGGCUCCGGUGCAUGGGUUGCUGAGCUCACACUGA